AUGGUGCCUGACAUCGCCCGGGACUGUCGGGUUCUGCGCUUGCUGCCUCUUGUGGGCCCUGCCAUAUUGCCUGACCGACUGGAUGCGAUGCCGGUCAGUGCCUGCACCGUCCCGUCAGUGGAGACCUUCGACUUGGAUGCUCGUUCCUGCUUGCUCCCAUGCCAGGCGGAGCACAUGCAUGACCUGCUCCAGCCAAUUUCAUUUAGCUGCCUGCAGACUCCGCCCUCUGGCCUUCCGGCACCGGGUCGUUUUAUGCACUGGGUGCUGCAAGCCAGUGUUGGACGGGCUCCUGCCCCCGGUGAGGUUGUAACCGUUACGACGGAUGGAUCUUAUGACCCUGUAUCAGGCAAUGCUGGAUGGGCUGUUGUGGUUAGUUUGGUUGCGGGGCAAGACUUUCGCCUCCCGGGCCAACUUGUGGGAUGUAUGUGCGGGUCCCUUAGUGAGGUUCGGGAUGCCGUAGGACAAGUAUUCGGGCCGUUUGAUGCCUACCUUGCGGAGGUGGCUGCGCUCUUCUGGGGUGCUCUGCUUUCCCUUAAACUGCCUGGUGGUGGCCAAUGGUUGUUCAGGGCUGAUAACAUCAGUGCGCUCCGCGGAGUCGAGGGCGCGAUGCGCCUCCGCAAACACCCGCUCUGUGGUGCUGCCUCUGCUGUGCACACGGCAUUUCGCCUUUCACGCCACACGCCUGCCUAUCAACAUGUGGCUGGUCAUGCCAACGACCCGGCCAACGAACUGGCGGAUGCUUUAGCGGGAUGGGCGUCUCGUGCAGGUCGCGGCUUUCGACCUUUCUCUGUCUCUCUGCGCAGCUGGUUCGCAGACGAUGGCCUUGCCUUCGCGUGGCUUCCCCAUAUGUGCAUCACUCAGCGCUCACCUGACAGCCUUCCUGUCGUCGCCAAUGACGUUAUGACUUGGAGUCGAGGUCACGCCCAGUCCAGCGCUCACCCUGCCGACUCUCUUCGUCCCUUCCUUAGGGCGUGUGAGGGUAGUGGGCCUCCUUCCCACGUGGCUCGGCCAUGCGAGAUGCAGCUCUGCUUGGCGUCCUUUAAUGCUCUGUCUCUGCUUGAUACCGACCCCUCCUCACAUGCGGCUGGGCUACAUGGAGAAACCGGUAGAGUUAAACUUCUGUGUGAGUCCUUGCGGUCUCACGGCGUUGAUGCCGCCGGCAUACAGGAAUGCCGUACUCCGCGGGGCUCUAUGGCAUGUCGUGGAUACUGCCGCUUUGCUGCAGGAAGGGAUGCCAACGCAUGCUAUGGGGUUGAGCUGUGGCUAGCUGAGGAUGGCAUCUUCGAUUCCAGCGCUGUUACGGUUUUUCAUGCAGAGCCGACCUUUCUUGUCGCGGGUGUCCCCUUUCAGGGUGGUAGCCUAAGGUUCUUAGUUGCUCACGGCCCUCAUCGGGCCCACACGGCGGCAUACAGAACCGAGUGGUGGGCCCGCGUCUCCGGUGUAUGUGCUGCCCACGCACGAGACUCCACAUGGAUCAUUCUGACAGACGGCAACUGCCGUAUAGGCAGUGUCACCAGCAGCGGCGUAGGUGAUUUCCAGGCAGACCCAGAGGAUGAUGCUGGUGAAGCCUUCAGGCACCUUAUCGAUGACCUCUCCUGCUGGGUCCCGGCGACUUUUGCAGGGACGGCGCAGGGCGAAGGUGGCACUCUAUAUCAACGUCGAAGUGGGGCGCUUGACCGCUCGGACUUUGUUGCUAUCCCUCGUGCCUGGCAACUCACCGGAUGCGCGGCGUGGGUCGAGCCCACAGUCUCGGCCGGCCACCGAUGCCUGGACCACUUUGCUGUGCUUGUUCGAUGCCAGUUGAUUUUCCAGGAUACCUUCCGUAGACGUGCGCGUGCUCGACGCAUUGAUAAGAAUGCCCUCCUUGACCCCAAUAACUCCGCGACUGUAACUGCGAUAUUGGACACCGCACCAUGCUUUGCUUGGCGUGUUGAUGCUAGUGAACACGUGUCUGGUCUCGUCGAUCAUAUCUAUCGGGGCCUUGCGGCUGCUUUUCCUCAGACUCGACGGAGGAUGUUCAGCGUCUACAUGGCUUGGUCUCCGGUCUUCGGCACUCCGCGCGGACACGUCUCUAUGCGCUUCGCUGUACCCUGCUUCGAUGUGCCUUUCUUGCUUGGCAACAACGUGCUGAGUUUGAAGCUGUUUGGCGUGGGAGGUGGUUGUGGCGCCUUCGCAUUCGCCACGCUCUGGAUUGCAUGUUACUUAGGCGGUUCGGUCUUCAGUUGCGCCGUGAGUGCCGGGCGGACCGCGUGCAGCAUCUGUCUUCGAUUGCUGACCGGAUUUCACAGGCAACUAAGUUUUGAGGGCACGGAUACUGUAGAUGCCGCCUCGAUCCCUACCUGGGAGCAUCUCUGUCAGGCUUUCAAGCACACUUCCCCGCAUAAGGCCAGCGGUCCCGAUAUGAUACCACCCGCUCUUUGCACUGUCUACAGUCAGAAAAUGACUGAAGUGUUCUGGCCGGUCAUGAUGAAGGCCGUCCUUCGGGCGAACGAGGCCAUCGGCCUGAAAGGAGGCUUGCUGCACAGAAUUGCUAAGCCCUCCGCUGUGGACAAUACCACAUCAGGUUAUCGUGGGAUACUAGUGCAAUCUUGCCUAUCCAAAGCGCUGCACCGUGCAGUACGUCACCUCGCGGUACAUCAUUGGCACGGUCAUGCACUCCCCCUGCAGGUCGGUGGCCGGCAAGGCUGCCCAGCAGACUUCGGUCACUUUUGCUCGCGAGCCUUUCUGUCGUACACCAAGGCCAAUCAUGUUUCAGCAGCCAUCCUGUUCGUCGAUCUUUCGGCGUUAGGACGUCGGGACCGCUCUGCGUACCGGGAGCAUGUCCCGUGUGUACCAUGGUCCGGGGUGCGCUCGCCCUGGUGCUCUGCCCGCACCCAGUCCUUACGCUGCGCUGGGGUCGAGACCAGUGAUGUUGUAUAUGCCGAUGACCUCGCCAGCUUCCUUUGCUGCUCGGGCGCCUCUGCAAUGCUAACAGCCCUUUCUUGUGCGGUGUCCGAUACUGUUGACACCAUGCUGCCACAUGGGCUGAAUGCGAAUGUCGGACCUACCAAGACAGCCGCGAUAAUCUCCCCGGCUGGGGCCGGUUCAAGAGAGGUGCGUCGACAGUGCUUCAGCGUCCGUCAAGGCCGCAUACCUAUUAUCCCUGAGAACCGAGGCGGCUUUAAGUUGGAUUUGGUCCCUUCCUACAAGCAUUUAGGUUCCUUUAUCUCGCACAAUGGCUGUAUGCAGGCUGAGAUACGCCACAGGCUAGCAUCUGGGCGGGCUGCCCUCAAGGAAGGCAAAUCCCGUCUCUUUGCCUGCAAGCGGGAAUGGCGUUUGUUUGCUGGAGGCGUUAUGAGUAUGUACCGCCAAUUGCUAUGUUUGCGCACCGAAGGGGGUUUCCGCUGCACUAUGGCACAGAUUGUAUCUCGAGUCGGCCUACCUCACCCUUCAGCUCUCCUGCAUUCUCAUCGGCUGCGCUUCCUCGGCCAACUUGUCCGCAACGGUCCAGAUCCUGCGUGGGCGCUUCUCGCCCAUUACGACGGAUUCAAAACCGGAAACAAGGCUGCGUCUGACUGGUUCCUGGCGGCCGUUGGGCAGGUUUGCCCCCUGGGGGACAUUGAGCAGGACUGGGCCUCGUGGGAAGUACUGUUCCGACAAACGCCGGGUCGCUUUAAAUCCUUGUUAAAAAGAGCCGAUGCCUGGCAUCUCAUCAAAUAUGAGUUGGAAGCCGCGCUGGAUGAGUAUGUCCGGGAGUUUUGGCCUUCUGCGGUGGAUCCGGCUCGGGUUGCCUCGCUAGGUCGCCUGCGUACCCACCUGCGCCUUAGCCUAGCCUGUGUACAGGCCAUUGAUCGUCUGGCCACUGAGGGUCCGGUUCCUGUCGAUCUUUCCGUGGCCCACGAACUUGCCCCUGCCAUUCCCGGUGUAGGCAAGUCUGCCUUAGGAGCUGUGGCUCCGGAAACCCUGCCGCCACUAGCUGCUGCACUUGCAGCUUUGGAUGUUUCUGGGCCUGAUGCCGACACGGUUGUGUAUGAUACUAUUGUCAGCCAUGUUGCCCCGCUGCCGGUACUGCGUAACACGCUGGCGCAAUGGAUCGAUGGACUUCCUAAUGGCGACUUGCGAGCCGCGGCGGAGGACGUUCUUCUUGUUCUUCGGCCGGAACAUCUCUGUGAACGGGUCUCUGGCCCUCUGCGACAAGACACAGAGCUGCAAGGGGCUUUUCGCCCUCAUGUCCUUCCUCCUGUGUUGAAGGCGAUUGACCCAUCACUGCCCUGCGUUUUUGUUGGCCCGCUUGUUCGCUCAUGGGCUCAUCUCGUUGGGGUUGCUUCCCUGGAAAUGCAGGAGCUUCGUCUUUCUGAGCUCGCUUACUGGCCCUGGCAUACAGCUUCUGCAGCGUGUGUGGCUUUCCUUCAGUUGCCGAAGGACGAUUGUCCUGUGUUCUCCCCCCCUUCCUGCACUCUGCGCGCCAUGCGUGAAUUGCGUGAUUGGACUUUUACGUUCCUCUCCGCACUGCGGCCACUCAUCGCGCUUGCGCAAGCAG